AUGGUUCUUCGAUUCCAUUCUCUUUCGGAAUAUAUAUAUGGUCGGGCACAAGAUCCAGCGGAGAGAAGACUAUCUGACAGCCUUCUACGCAUUCCACACAGGCCACUGGGAUUGGAAUUUAUUCAUGCAAACAUCGAGUUCCUUCUCAAAGUAAAACAAGAUGGAUAUCCUCGUUGGUUUUCUAUUGUUUUCCCUGCAAUGGUUGAUCUUUCUAAAGCAAAAGGUCUGGAGAUUGUCUUCCCUGACGAGCUCAAAGGGGAAGUGUUGGAUGUUUUCUUCCACAGGCAACAGAUUCUUGAAAUGGAAGAAUUUGUUGAUAAAUACCAUUAUCCUCCACUGUUGUCAUAUUUGGAGGCCUUGCCAUCAACAUAUGAUAUUGAUCAAGAAGAUGUAGUGAUGCACUUGAAUGUAUCAGACGGCUCGUUGUUCCAAUCACCUUCUGCCACGGCAUACGCCUAUAUGACUACUGGAAAUCAGAAGUGCAUGGGCUACUUGGUCUCUCUAGUUCGAAGAUGUCGUCAUGGAGUUCCUUCAAUUUAUCCCAUGGAUGAGGAGCUCAUAAAGCUUUGUAUGAUAAAUCAAAUUCAAAGAUUAGGGUUGUCCGAGCAUUUCAAUGAGGAGAUUGAAGACACUUUAUCAGAGGUGUACAGGAUGUAUAAGAAACAAGAAUCACCGACAACAAAAGAUAAAUUAGCACCGGCAAAAAUAUACAAGGAUGCUUUGGCUGUUAGGCUUUUGCGGAUGCAAGGGUACAAUGUGACCCCAUGGACUUUUUGUUGGUUUCUACUCCAUGAAGAUUUUGUAGCUCAUAUAGAAGAAAACUUUCAAGUGUUUACAAGUGCAAUGUAUAAUGUUUAUAGAGCAACAGAUCUUAUGUUCUCAGGAGAAUAUGAACUAGAGGAGGCAAGGUCAUUUUCAAGGAAAUUACUUGAGAAAUCCAUGAGUACAUUGGGAAACAUAAAUGAUAAUCUUUUCAUGUUACCAAAUUUUCAAAAUUUGAUUGAGCAUGAGUUGGCAGUUCCAUGGAUUGCUCGCCUUAAUCAUCUGGAUCAUAGAAAGUGGAUUGAAUUUAAUAACGUCCACUCUCUGUGCAUUGGAAAGGUCUCCUUCUAUAGGUUAUCAUGUCUUCAAAAUGACAAGCUAAUGCAACUUGAUGUGGAGAACUAUGAGUUUCGGCAAUCAAUCUACAGGAAAGAAUUGGAGGAACUUAAAAGGUGGUCCAAGGAGUGGGGUCUUAGCGAAAUGGGAUUUGGGAGGGAGAAAACUACUUACUGUUACUUUGCCAUUGCAGCCAGUAGUUCUGUUCCUCACAAUUCCCCUGUUCAAAUGGUAGUUGCCAAGAGUGCAAUACUUAUUACAGUUGCUGAUGAUUUAUAUAUAUAUAGAUGGGAUGGUAAAGGCUUAAGUGGCCAUGGUAAGAUUAUCUUUCAUGCCCUUGACAAUUUUAUGAGGGACAUUGCAGCGAAACAACUCCAUCCACAAGGGAGUGACAUAACAAAUGAUCUACAAGAUAUAUGGGGCGAAACAUUUGUUUCGUGGCUAACAGAAACUACAUGGAGCAAGAGCGGAUAUAUACCAUCCAUCGAUGAAUACCUUGAAACAAGCAUGAUAUCGAUUGCUACGCACACUAUUGUUCUUUUUGCUUCGUGUUUUAUGAGUCUGAGCUUGCCCCACAAACUACUCAAGCCCACACAGUAUGAACCUGUCACGAAAUUGCUCAUGGUCAUUGCUCGUUUGUUGAAUGACAUUCAAAGCUACCAGAAGGAACAAGAGGAUGGGAAGAUGAACCUUGUUUUGCUUGAUUUGGAAGAAAAUCCACGUGCAGACAUUGAAAGCUCAAUCACUAAUGUAAGGGAGAUAUUGGAAGAAAAGAAGAAAGAGUUACUUGAACAUGUUUUGAUGGAUGGCUUUAAUGAUUUGCCCAAACCAUGCAAGCAUCUCCAUUUAUCAUGUUUGAAAGUAUUUCAGAUGUUUUUCAACUCAAACAACCGAUUCGACUCCAAAACAGAACUCCUUCAAGACAUAAUGAAAUCAAUUUACAAUCCAUUGGAAUACCAAAAUCGAAAGGGUGUGAAGACUGUACCAUCGAUUCAGUCGAGACUGAAGAAGGAAUAUAUGAUCAUCAACUCGACUGCAUCUACCUCUGCUGUGAACCUCCACCUCUGCCCAAACCACUGCCCCGCUGUGGACAAUCAUUCACCCUAUGGCCCUGCUGGCCACACCAGAAACAUCCACCAGACGCCACCUGAAUCUGAGUACACUGGGACUUGUGAUGCCCUGGCUACCCACACUUGA